GAUCAUAAAAGCUCCUCAAAAACUGAUCACAUUCACAACACAAAGCUCAAGUGUGCACGUGCACCGCUCGUAGUUUGGUCGAAUAGAAAGAAAAAGUUAAGAGAGUUGAUGAAGACAAGUAGAUCUCACACGCGCUCUCACUUUCACCUCACAUUUCACAUUUCACCAUCUUCUGCAUGCAAAGUAGAGUCCACUAAUCCAGUCCAUGUGUACAUAGAACCUGUUUGUAUAAAAGCCUCUAAGAGCAAAGCAAUACAUAUUGGGCGCUACCUUUUCUAUAAUGCUUUUGGCCUUUUUCGUUUUUGUCCAACUUUGUGUCCCACGAAUGUAAACAAAAACCAAAAGAAGAUCACUUUAAAAUAGAUAUACCUUACUAAACCAUUCAUUCUCUUUGUGAUAUUAGGCCACUUCAAAGUAGUGAUGGAGCUGGAUCAAUGCAGUCCUUUCAAUUGGGGUUUCUGCUAUGAAGAAGAGGGAAUGGAGGAGUUGAGGUAUGGUCUUUUGCAUACCACUUUGGAGCUAGAGACAACAAUUUUAUCAGCAAAGGAGGAGAUCACAAAGAGAGAAGAAGAGCUCCUUCAUCUCAAAGAUCUUCUGUGUAAAGCUAUAAGGGAGAGAAAUGAAGCUCAAUCAGAAUGCCAGAAGCUGAUGUUUGACAAUCUCAUACUCAACCAACAACUACAGAAAAGGCAGAGCCAUCAUGAUCAUGCUCAGCAUCUAAAACAGCCACAAGAAGAAGUAGUAUUUGCUUCACUCAAUGAGGAAGAUCCAAAAGGCAGUAAAUCUAAUCAGCAUUAUGGCACUUCUGAUACUACUGAUGAAAACAUCCUAAUUGCAUCUCCAGAUAUAGAAUCAGCAGUUCUGCAGCCACCAUUGUUGUCAUCGCCAUUGCCACCGGCUGUCAUGAAGUUGGUUGAGGGAAAGCCAUUGCCAGAGAAAGGGAAGCUUCUUCAAGCAGUGAGAGAAGCUGGACCACUCCUUCAAACUCUCCUUCUGGCUGGACCUCUGCCUCAAUGGCAGCACCCUCCUCCUCGUCUUGACACCAUCGAUAUCCCACCAGUUGCCAUUUCUCCUCCACCAUCACGCCUUUUACAGCACCAAGAAUCUUGCAUUUCUGUCAAUGAUUGUUUCGGUAAGAAGAGGAGUCUAUCACUUUGUGAUGGCCCUGAUUUUUGCUCCAAUACUACUAAGUACCAAAAAGUUGUUCUGGAUUGACCAAAGGCUACAAAGGUAGUACUUCUGCAUAAUUUUGUAGCAUUGCCAUUAGUCCUUUUCAUAGUGUUAAAACAUUGAAAACCAUCAGCAUGAAAUAUUGAUGGUUUUAAUUCUACGUAUCAGUUUAGCUAGCAGAGAGAGUACUAUAUUCUCCAAUUGGAAAUGAAAAUCUAAACUUUCGUGUA